AUGAUCGAAAUCACCGAUAAACAUCAGUAUAAUGAAGCGCAAGAUCAGCCAGUUAUAAUUGAUGAAAUUAGAAACUUUGUUGAAGCCCGUUGGGUCUCAGCCCCGGAAGCCAUCUGGAGAAUCCUAGGAUUCAGUAUGAGUGGAAUGAACCCUGCUGUUACACGCUUACAAGUACACCUUCCUAAUCAACAAAAAGUCAUCUUUAAUGAAAACAUAAAUCUAGAAGAAGUCAUUGCGGCUAACAGGAAUCAACAAACAACUCUAACCGAAUAUUUUAAAAUGAAUAUUCAAGAUCCAGACGCAAGAAAUCUUCUUUAUAUUGAUUUUCCCAUACAUUAUGUAUGGAAUAAGGAAACCAAAUCAUGGAAGAAACGUCAGCGUGGAGGAUGUAUUGGAAGAAUGUAUAUGGCCCAUCCAGUAAAAGGAGCUACAGAUUUUGAAGAACUCAAGACGGUAAAUGGAAUUACAUAUCCUACUUUUAAGGAAAGCGCUCAACAAAGAGGUUACCUAGAGAAUGAUAAUGAAUAUCAAAUAUGUAUAGUAGAAGUUAAGAAAUUUCAGAUGCCUAUUCAGUUACAUACCCUAUUUGCAACAUUAUUGGUCUUCGGAGAUAUUACGGAUGUACGUCAACUAUGGAAUGAGAAUUUUAAUGCAAUGGCGGAGGAUUUUGCAUAUGAAGGGAUUCCAGAAGGACAACUUCAAAUUCAGAAAGUUCUUCAAAACUUAAAUUCAUUUUUGCAAAGACAUGCAAAAACUAUAUCUGAUUAUGACCUACCGGAAUUGUUGCCAGAAAUUAACAUUACGAAAUUGCCACAAACACUUCUAGAAGAGUUAUCUUAUAGUGUUACUCCAGAGGAACUCGCUAAAGUCGCCCAAGCAGAUAAUUCUGAGGCAAGUGCAUUCACAGAAUAUCUUAUUAGGAUAGGAAGUGGUACUGAACCAACAAUAGAAAAUGAUUUAAUUUGGCUUCCUGAUGAAAUGGUUAUUUAUCCACACAAUAAUAAUGAUCUUAUUAAUUCAAUAAUAAAUGUUAUCUAUCCUAAUCUUAUCGAAUAUGCCUUGGACACUAUGUUCAUAACAAAAAGAGCAAUAUUAACUCCAUUAAACAAUGAUGUUGAUGAAAUUAAUAAUUGA